GUGGCCCCCUUGUCUGUGCAUGUUGCUUCGGUCGGUGCCUCGGCUCCAAAGUGAAGUGAGUUACUUCUGUUCACUCGGGGCACUGGAAGCUGCUGGGCUGUCAAAGUCAGGACAGUUCAACGAAGACAUGAUCCCGACGGUGGGCUUUAACAUGAGGAAGAUAACCAAGGGGAAUGUUACCAUAAAGCUCUGGGACAUCGGUGGCCAGCCACGGUUUCGCAGCAUGUGGGAGCGGUACUGCCGUGGAGUGAGUGCCAUCGUGUACAUGGUGGAUGCUGCCGACCAGGAGAAGAUAGAGGCUUCCAAGAAUGAACUGCACAACCUGCUCGACAAGCCGCAGCUCCAGGGCAUCCCGGUCCUAGUCCUGGGGAACAAGCGAGACCUGCCCGGUGCCUUGGAUGAGAAGGAGCUCAUUGAGAAGAUGUCCCUAGGAACCUGGGGAGACAUUGCCCCUGCAAAGUAUCCCAUCUCCGAGCCGAGGUCCAAAGAGACCCUUCAAAAGGCUGCCUGGAGGUGUCUCCCAUCACCACUGAUGCGCAGCCAUGGGGGUCUGCAGCCAGAACUUGCUUCUCUCCCACAGGAACCUCUCUGCCAUCCAGGACCGAGAGAUUUGUUGCUACUCCAUCUCCUGCAAAGAAAAGGACAACAUCGACAUCACCCUACAGUGGCUUAUCCAGCACUCAAAGUCUAGGAGAAGCUGAGAUCCUGCAGACUGCAGCUCAGAUCAGGAAGAUGCCAUUGUACAAGCCCAUGCCCCUUCUCUCUCCUGCUCUGUCCCUCCAGCUCUCUCUCUAGAUGGGUAUUUUUAGGGGACCCCAGACUCCGCUCGCAUUGAGGUGGAGCCCUUGUUUUUAUUGUAAAGAAAAUGUCCAACUGCCCUCCUCUCCUCUUCUCUCCUCUCUCUGUCUCUUCCUCCCAUUUUGGCACUGUUCUGUUGUUGUCUGUGUAUACAGUAUAUAUAUAUAUGUAUAUAUAUUUUAAUUUUUUAAUUUAAGCGAUGGCUCUGUUACUAAACUGGGCCCUGUGAGUGGUAGGAAGGCUGUGGGCUCCCCAAGGCUGGCCAAGGGUCAGCACUGGGAGGAAGAUGAGGGUGGUAGCAGAAGGCAGCCCCUUGGGGAUGGGGUUGUGCCAGGCUGCAGGCAGGUCCCCUGGGGCUCCCUUGUCCCUUCCCCAGGUGUCCUGCUUGUACCCCCAGGCAGAGAGCAUCCUGGGGGUGUCAGGAGCAUGCCCACCUUGCCCUUCCUUAGGCUUUGGCCCCAUGGGCAGGGUUUGGGGGGGAGGGGAUGCCGUCCCCUGGGCUCCUUGCCCCUCCAGGUGACAGGGAUUAGUCACGAUCCAUCCCUGCUACAUUGCCUCUGGCUGCUGUGCCACUGCCCCAACCCCUCCUCACUGCCCUGGGCCACUUGUCCCCCUGCCCCACAUCCACCCCCCCGGCCCCAUGCCUGGGCCAAAUCCUGCCCCGCUGCCCAGUCCUGCUGCUCUGCUGUGCUGGGGUGGUGGGUGAUCCGAGGGGCCGGUGCCAGUGCAGGGGCGGGGCCAGCGAUGCCAGCAUACCCCACGGGGAGUGUGGGGGCUGGCUCCUGCCUCCUCCCUGCCCCAGCUGCCCUCAGAGGUGGCUCAGCUCCGCGUAGCCUCUCGGGGCAGCCGCACUGGCUCCCCACGUGCCAAAAGGGCAUUGCCUGCACCUGGCUGGGGGCUGCUGGCUCUGCCCUGGCUGAGGACAUCACAUGGAGACACCAGGGAGGGGGGGACACAUGAAGACACCUGGAGACGUGCAGGGGACUGUGAGGGUCCCUGUGUGCCCACAGCACUGCCUGCUGGAGCCAGGGGAGUGCUCCAGGUGCCCUGCUCCCCGUGCCCUCCUCCCCAUGCCAUCCCCCAGCUCUGCUGCCCUGGGUGGGGGGGGGAACGCGGGUGCAGUGGGGCGGGGGGGGGCAUGGCUGGGUCCUUGUCUGCAGGUGGGGAGAUGGUGAGAGGAAAUUUUGGGGGAGUCAGGAAGGCUGUGCCCAUUUAUGCCAUGUAAUGAGUUGCUGGGUCUCUGCAGGCACAGCCUGGGGGCCUGGCCAGGUUGCUUGCGGCCAGUCUAGCGGGGACUUAGCUGGGCUGGGGGAGACGUGCUGGCAUCAGGAGGGUGGGUGUGUAGUGGAGUCAGGUCAGCAGCACAGCAGGGAGGCAGCUGCCUGUCCCCAGCUCAGGGCUGUUGGAGAGGGUGGUGGUGGCCCAGGGGCGGGGGGCUGCAGGGGCCCUCUCCCAGCCCCUUCCCCUGCUCAGCUCCAGGGCAGUGAGGCCAGGGGUUUCUCUUCUGUUCUUGUUUUUGCAGAAUUGCACAAAGAGAGGUUUCCUUUUUCUUUUUUUUUCUUUUUUUUUUAAUUUAAUGAAUUGUAAAGUGUUGUCCCCCCCCCCCCCUUUUUUUUUAAGAGAUAUUUUGGCUCAGAUUUGACCUCUGUUGGGAAAUGAUUCUUGUAACUGUACAAUU